AGAGAGAGAGAGAGAGAGAGAGAGAGAGAGAGAGAGAGAGAGAGAGAGAGAGUUCACGGGAGUGGAGGCGUAUGGUAUAGUGCGAUCGACAAUGGCGUCGUCGAGGUUGUUGUGGGCAUCGCGCGCCGCCUCUUACCUCCGAAUCUCCCCCCUCUGUAGGGGAUUCUCCACUGUUCUGCAGGAACUGAAAUAUGCUGACUCUCACGAGUGGGUUAAAGUCGACGGCGAUUCUGCAACUGUAGGGAUAACAGACCAUGCUCAGGACCACUUGGGUGAUGUUGUAUAUGUGGAACUGCCUGAUGUUGGUGCCAAUGUUAAACAAGGAAAGAGUUUUGGUGCAGUCGAAAGUGUCAAAGCCACUAGUGAUGUGUACUCUCCUGUAUCAGGAGAAGUAAUUGAAGUCAACAGUAAGCUUAGUGACUCUCCUGGACUGAUUAAUGCAAGCCCGUAUGACAGCGGUUGGAUCAUCAAGGUCAAAAUAAGCGGCGCUGGUGAAUUGAACACAUUGAUGGACUCCGACAAAUAUGCGAAGUUCUGCGAGGAAGAAAAUGCAAAACAUUGAAUGCAUUUGCGUUGGCUCGUAUAUCGCCGUUUUGAUUUUCAAGAGUGUUCUUUUUUCUGUUUGUGUGCGACAAGGUCGAAUUUUCGAUUUGUUCGUCUCUAACGACGAGCUUUUGAGUUGAAAAAAUAAUUUCUUUCUUCUAUGUGCUGCGAAGCUUUGGCAAAAUAUCUUCAUUUGGAGUAGUAGUUCAAUAACUUAUUAUUUAUCUAUUUCAAGUUUAUUAUUUUUCCUUCUUUGUGGAAGAGGCUUUGUAUCUGGUUUAUGUUGUUCUUUAUUUAGCUGUUUAAGGUUGGUUGUG